AAUGGGAGAAGACAUUGGAAGUGCCCGGCCACUUUCAGCUUCCAGGUCCGCAGUGUGCGCGGCGGGUGGUCUGCAGCUCGUCGGGGUCUGACUCCUGAGGCAGCUGCUUUGACGGUCGCGAUGUUUUUCUCCGACGUCGGGGCCCGGCCACGCACGUGGGAAGCCAGCCCGUCGGAACACAAGAAAUGGGUGGAAGUAUUCAAAGCAUGUGAUGAAGAUAACAAAGGCUAUCUAAGCAGAGAGGACUUCAAAGUUGCGGUUGUAAUGCUGUUUGGAUACAAGCCCUCCAAGAUAGAAGCCAAUGCUGUGAUGUCUUCAGUAAAUCCAAACACUUCCGGUCUAACACUCGAGGAGUUUUUAAACAUUAUAAGGAAGAAGAAGGAAGCUCAGAUAUAUCGGAAUGAAAUAAGACACAUCUUCACAGCUUUUGACAGGCACUAUCGCGGAUAUUUAACUUUGGAAGAUUUCCAAAAAGCGUUCAAGCAGGUGGCUCCCAAGUUACCAGAAAGGAUAGCGCUUGAGGUUUUCAGGGAAGUAGACCGAGACUCGGAUGGCCAUGUCAGCUUUAAAGACUUCGAAUAUGCCAUGAACUACGGACAGAAGUGAAGCCUGACGCCGUGAGGGGCUUUCGGCAACUUCCAGGGAGACCAAGAGAUUGUCGUGUAUUUAAAUGUCAACAUUCGCUCUGCGGUGCUGCAUGCUUGCGAUUAAACUCUUCCUCACGGUU